AGAAAAGGGAUUUUUGAAGCAUAUGGAAUGAAUAAAAUUAACAGUUUUGAGCAAAGCUGUUGCAGUGUUUGUCCUCUUUAAAACCCUUUCUGUCAAGACACUGGCCCUGACAAGCCUCUUCAUUAUGAUUGGCAGUGAAGGGAGGGGACAAUAGAGGCCCUGAUAAAUGUGAGGUUUCAUAUUCUCCUCCUGACAAAUCAUCAAUGGCCAGGAACCUUCACCAGACACACUCUGAUGCUCCCACCCACACAAAUUUACAGAAGUCAAAAGUUCCUUUUUCAAUUUGCAGUCAAACAGUGGGCCUUGUUUAUUUCGCUUAAUGAGGGAAAAAGUUAAUGGUCAAAGAAUAGUGAAGCUCAUAAGUGUAUACUGUACACGAACAGAAGGAGAGACAUUUUUGGUUUUCGUUUAGCGAGAGGAAAUUUUGAAACAUUGUGCAAUGGUGCCGCAAAAGUUUUGAAAGGUUGUGAGAGAGUAUUGCCAGCAGAGCCUGAGAAUCGGUUCACUGGAGAAGAGGUCUCCAUGUUGCAUCCAUACAGAAUGGAGAGCUACCUCAUCUCACCCCCUCCAGAGGAAAUGUACGAUCCUGAGAUCUACAGACAACAAAUUACAGAAUAUGCAUAUAAUCCAUAUGUUUUAGAUGGAGAUAUCCAGUCAGAUCACUGGGACUACCACCCACACCAUGUGCACCCUGCAGAAUUUGAAAACCUCCAGGAGACCCACUUCACAGAGCUCCAGAGCGUGCAGCCUCUCCACCCGCCCAGCCUGGGCCGACAUGACACUGUCCGAUGUGACAUGGAGAGCCUGCUGGACCCCAACCUUGGGGCUCAUCCGCAUGUGUUACAGCAGCCAGUGCCAUUCUUCCCUCGAGCCAUAUAUCCACACCUGUCUCCUGUGCAGCGAAGCUCCGAUGAUGAGGAACAUGGUGGACGAAGCCCCCCGUUGGAGGUGUCUGAUGAGGAGUGUCUGAGAGACCGAGUCCCCUCUCUCACAGCUGGAGAGCUCGGGAACAAAAAGAAGAUCCGUUUGUACCAGUUCCUGCUGGACCUUUUGAGGAACGGCGACAUGAAGGACAGUAUCUGGUGGGUGGACCGAGACAAAGGGACAUUCCAGUUCUCUUCCAAACACAAGGAGGCUCUCGCACACCGCUGGGGCGUCCAAAAGGGCAACCGCAAAAAAAUGACCUAUCAGAAGAUGGCUCGUGCUUUGCGAAACUAUGGCAAAACUGGAGAGGUCAAAAAGAUCAAGAAGAAGCUGACGUACCAGUUCAGUGGUGAGGUGCUGGGAAAAACUCAUCUAGAGAGAAAAGCAUAUAUGUAGAUAGAGGGAAUAAUGAACUAUUAUGACAAUCAUGACACAGGGGACAUGAGUGACGUUUGUGCAUAAGGCAGAUGCUAAUGUAGAUGCUUUUAAGUUGUUUAGUCAACCUAGCUGAUCUUGUAAAUAGCAUUAUUUCAACAAUAAUAACGUCAUACCUGCUGUAAGAUAUUGGAGCGUUGCAGGUUACGUAGGUAAGCAACAGAAAUAAACAGUAAUCUAUACCCAGCCUCACAAUAUAUUCCAUGAAGCUAGUAUGGCGCACUGCUAUAUAUAUAUGGAGCUAUGGCAAGACUCCAGAAUGACUCAUUGUCUAUAACAAGACAAGCUGGAUACCAGUUACUAAAGCAGUAUUAUUCAAAGUUGAAGCAGGAAAGUGCAUAUAAGGUCACUUUAGCCUGUGUUUCUAAAGGGAAAUUACUUUGAUGGUAAAAUGCUCCAGUAGAGCAAGAUGUAUAACAACUAGAUGUUCUCACAGAACUCACAGGCAGGUCAUAGUUCACAGUUUUCACGGCGCAGUAUGUGCUGGCAUUCCUCUGACACAGAUGCACUGUGUUUGACUCUUGUGUUGGACUCGCUGAGCGGCUAUUUUGGAUCGCGCGGCUAGGAUCGUGCUCUAGUACAGCAGCACCACAGCAGUUAAAAUUUAAUACAUCAAGGAACUGCAGACAUAAAUAGCAAUAAGAUGAACUGUCCAAGUGCACUCACUGUGAUUUGGUUACCUGUGUACCAUUUUAUAUCACACAGUAAUCACAACAUAUUUGCGUUAUUAGAAAAAGUAAUGAUUUGUACAAAUACAUAACAAUCUGUAUGUUACAGUAAAAAAAAUGACUGAUGUUAAUAGUGCUAAUAUUGUUGGCUGAGAAAAUGUGUUGUAAAAUCACAGGGUGAACGUGUUCUUGUAUCUGUGCACCUUGACACACCGCAGACUCCAACCCCUUUCCCAUAGUGGAACAGCCAAAGGGUAAAGUAUGCAGUAUAUGCUCCAGUCGUUUGUUCUGAAUUUGUAUUGAAUGUUAUCAUGAAAAUGGCUCAAACAUUUUUAUUAUUUUUUCAUGUGUAUCUUUGCAUACUUUGGUCACUGUUUGUCCACAACCUGUAACAAGCAUUUUGUUCACUUCAUACUGUGGCAGAGCAAGACAGAGUUUAGCUCGAACUGUCUGGGAAAUGAGCUGUACAUUACGGUGAUUAGUAACACUAGAGCCAGCUACAGUUGUGCACUUGUGUUACUUGCAACAUAUAAGGCCACGUAUCCAAUAGACAUGCUUAUACUGGAAAAAAAAUAAUCCAUCAUAACAGAUGAUUUACUCUGAUAUUGAGUCGGAAAAUAUCAUUGCAUUUGCCAAAGUGGUGAGAUAAUUGAACUUGUUUCCAGUUUGUCACAAUGAGGUAGAUCACACCUCUGGCAUCAAAAUGUGUCAUUUGAGAAAAACUAGCUGAUUUGCAUCAGAAACAAGUGAAAUUAUGUCUCCCUACUGGCACAUUUGUUUCACUUGUUUUGAGAAAACUGGGACUUAAAGAUUUAAUACAGGAUUAAAUUAGGAGUUGAGAUGAUUUUUUUUUUUUUUUUUUUGUGCAGUGUACAUAUUUAUGCACAUCCUUAUGAAUGCAUAUGUUGUGCUCAGGCACCCGUGCUCAGGUUCAUGCUUGAGCACACACACACACACACGCAGACACACACACACACACACACACACUCACCUCAUUGGACCCAAGAUGAUGAGUGUUUAGCUUGAGCUAACGAAAAAUAAGACAACUUUUUCUUGUCAGUUAAAUGGUCUUCACUUUGAUUUUUUUUUUUUUUUUUUUUUUUUUUUUUUUUGCAUUGUGCACCUUUAAAGAGUGGAGGCCAAUGAUAGAAAGUUAGAAAUAUUUAAAAGCUGUUAGUGAUAGGAGUAUUAUAUGAAUUACAUUGUACUGAAUUAGUACAUUUGUGAACAAACACCAGAUUGGGAAAACAGAAUUGCCAGCUGCUUUCGGGACAACUGGGACAGUUUGCUGACUGAGGGAGAUAUUUAUCACUGCAAAAUGUACCUGAGGAAAGCAGUGAUGUGGACAUGAACUUGAUAUCACAUAAAGGAGAAAAUUGACAUUAUGGCCUGUCUAUCCUCCUCAUUACAUCAUGUUCAAAUGCUUUCCAGCCCCUAUUCUUGACUGUGUGUCAGGUUUUAAUGUCAGGUUUU